AUGGCAACGUUUUUCAUAUUUCCGACGGAGUCCGUCUUCUGGAAACAAGGCAAGAAGCUUCUGUUUAAUUAUGCCAUCAGUUACCUGGAGCGCGAAACUGUUUUGCGAGUGCUGUACGAGAACUUGCACGACAAGUCACCCAUCCAAUUGUCGCGCCGUAUCAUGCGUGUAGACCACAGUGGCACGGACGGCGUUGUUGUGCAUUGCCAGGAUGGGACCAUCGUCGCGGGCGACGUGCUCGUUGGUUGUGACGGGGUCAACAGCCUCGUCCGUCGAGAGAUGUGGAGGCUCUCGGAGCAAGACAAGCCGCAAGCAACACCUGAGUCCGUUCGACAUGAUCUGAAGGCCGAAUUCCAGUGCCUGUUCGGGCUGUCGACCAGGACACGGGGCGUCGACGCAGGCGAAAUGGAUGUUAAUUUUGCCUCUGGCUUCUCGACGAUGGUCAUCGGCGGCAAAGAUGGGAGGGUCUUCUGGUUCGUCUUUGCGAAGAUGGAUAAGACGUACACAUCACCCAACAUUCCCAAGUACUCGUAUCAAGAUGCCGUCGAAUUCGCAAACGAAUACAUGGACUUCACCAUCAAGGAUGGGCUGAAAUUUAGCGACCUGUGGCAGUCCAGAACGUCCGUUACCCUUGCGGCAACAGAGGAAGCUGAACUGAAGGAAUGGACGUGGGGCCGUAUUGCCUGUGUUGGCGACAACGUCCACAAGAUGACGCCUCACAUGGGUGCCGGCGGCAAUGCGGCGAUGGAGUCUGCCGCAACCCUGGCAAAUGAACUCAGGAAGCUGGGGCAAGCUGCGAAAAAGACCAAAAUCGAUCUCGAAACGGUGCAGAGGCAUCUCGAAACGUACCAAAGGGGGCGGCGCGAUCGCACGAGCGCCGUGUGUGAUGCGUCAGCCCAACUGGCUCGGCUACAAGCUCUUGAUUCGGUCGCAAACAAAAUCAUUGCGUUUUGGAUUCUUCCAACAGCCGGCGACCUGCUGGUUGACGUUAACUGCGACAUGAUUAUCGGAGCAGCCAAGCUGGACUAUAUUCCCACGCCCGAACGUUCUGUUCAGGGCACGAUGCCCUUCAACCCCAGUCUCGGACUUGGCAAGGGCGAAUCGAAACUCAAGAGAGGCUUCGCAGGCCUCCCAUUACUUGCACUUUCUCUUUUCGGACCGUGGUUGGCCGAACCAUCGAAUCUCGCCAUGAUUGACAAGCUCACCCCGCUAUUCUUGUCGUACGAUCAUGCCAGCAAUAGUAUCAGAGCUUGGCCGUAUACUGGUGUCUUGGCCGCCUCAUCUGGUCUGGACGUUAUGCGCUUCCAUCUUGAUUUUGGCAUCAUUUGUGCAGUUGUGCUAUUCGAGUCCUCCAGAAGGGCCAAUGUGUUGACGAUAUCUUCUCUACCGAUUGCCUUCUUCUAUUGCCUUCAAUCCUUCAAGAUUGUUCAAGUCAUGGGCGUUUACUGUUUCGCGCACUAUGUGCAGAGUCCUAUUGAGAACUUCCGCGCCAAGGACAUGAGACUAACGAACCGAGCCUAUUCUGGUACAGUUCUUGUCACCCUGCUUGUGGCCUAUUAUGUGCCACUGGUCACCGCAAUUAUGCCAGUCUUUAGCAUCACAACUCGACUUACCUGGGGAUACGUGUUCCAGUACUUCCCUUUCUCCAUCUCUAUACUACAGAAUGGACUCAAGCACUUGUUCCUGGAAGAUGUCAUGGACGAGGACAAGAUCCGGGCCCCAGAUGGCGAUUUGUCUUCGAUUGGCUUGACAAUCUAUACAUUUGCCUUGUUCGCGUUUGUCGCAAGAGUACUGGCGCUCAUCGGUACUCUAACAUCACAGGUCCUCUCGCAAUCCUCUGACAUGAUCCUCAUGACAGAACUCGGAGGAUGGGCUCAGCCCAUUCGCUUAUUUGAGAUACAUGCUAUUUUUGCAGUAUUGCUUGUUUGGCUUCUCUACUUGUUUUCGGACCUGAAGCGAGCUGAGAUCGUGCAAUGGAGCUGGCCGACUCUUCUCGUCUGCAUCGCGGCAGCCCUCUGUCUCUUCGGGCCUGGCGUCACUGUCGGUAUGGGGUGGCUGGUACGAGAGCGGCUGCUUGCGACAAAGAGCCAUAAGGACGCUAUUGUUGAUACCGAGCUCAAAAAGCAGGCUUUUCAGAAUAGGUUCUUCCUGAUGACGAGGGAUAUGGAGACUGACGACCUCCGUCUCGACUUGAGAAGCAAGAAGGCCCAGCUGAAUGUGGCAACAAGCCGGGCCGAAUGUGCUGACUUUUUCACCGAGUACCACGGAUUUGAGCCAUUCUUGGAGGGGACCCGCGAUGACGGCGUUAUCUCAGAUACGGUGCGAACCAAGCUGACGCAAUCUUUGGGCUUGAUCACCGGAGAUCUGGUGGACGAGACCAAUGUUUCCAUGCCCCACAUCUUUGGGGACAGCACAGCGUGGACAAGCGUACUGCUCAAGGAUGCCAUCCUCAACCUUGUCGCUCGCCUGUCAUCAAGGGUCUUUCUCGGCGAAGAGCUGUGCAGAAAUGAGGAGUGGCUCAGGAUCGCCAAGAGCUAUGCCGUCGACGCCUUGACCGCAACCUAUCUGAUGCGAAUGGCCCCAAGCCUCCUGCGUCCUAUUGCGUACUGGCUCAUCCCGCAAUGUCGAAGGAGCCGCCAGGCGGUUCAGAGCGCGCGCAAGCUCAUCGACCCCGAAGUGAAGAAGCGGAAAAAGCUAGUGGAUGAUGCUCUGCAGUCUGGCGCCAAACCGAGCAAGAUAUCUGACGCCAUUGGCUGGAUGUAUCAAGUCGCUGCCGGCCGGCCCGUCGACUUUGUUUGCGCACAGAUGCAACUUACGCUUGCCGCUGUUCACACGACCACGGAAGUUCUCACACAAGCCAUUCUGGAUCUCUGCGAGCGCCCAGAGCUUGUGCAAAAGCUACGAGAUGAAGUGAUCGAGGUGUUGGGUGAUGAAGGCUGGGCAAAAACAAGCUUCUACAAGCUCAAACUCAUGGACAGCUUUUUCAAGGAAAGCCAGCGGUUUACUCCUCUGGUCUCAACAGCCAUGAAUCGUCUGGUGGAGAAAGACAUAACGCUCUCUGACGGGAGGUUUCUACCAAAGGGCGUCCGUAUUAAUGUCCUGACAGACUUCAGGAACCCGGAGAAGUAUCCCAACCCGGAUGAGUUUGAUGCAAUGAGGUUUGUUCCCAUGCGACAGGGUCAAGGCAGCGAGAACGCUUCGCAGUUGGCAUCGACAAGCUCUGAGCAUACCCUUUUCGGCCAUGGCCGACACGCUUGUCCCGGUCGAUUCUUCGCCGUGAAUGAGAUGAAAAUCAUUUUGGCUCAGUUUCUUCUGGAGUACGACCUGCGCGCUGAGGAGGGGCUUACCAAGCUUCAGCCACAGGCGUUCGAGACUUCCAUUGGCGUCAACCCAGCGGUUACGAUAGAAAUUCGACGGAGAAGUAAGAGCGCUGAUGUCGGAAUUGAGAAACGACAGUGA